GAAAGCUCAGGUGAGGCUGAAAUUGUUUCUCCAGUGUUCAACACCACUUGGUGGUUUGAGAGGAACAAUAUUGUUUUUGGAAACCAUGAUGAUAUUAUGAGAUGAGAUAUAAUACACACAAAAGGACGGCACAUUCAGUUAAAGAGCCUUUUUCUAGGAUCUUGUUUGUGGAGUCUGACAGGUUUUGUUAAACCAGAAAAGCAGGAUGAGCCUCUCUGAGGAAUAUGAGGAAGACAGUUCCACCUCCAAGAAACACUCAGAUCAAAUCAACAUAAAGACAUCAGACUUUCCAGCACCCAGCUGUGUGUCCAUGAAGAGUGAUGAGUCAAUGAAUCAUCCCCCAGGGCACAAAGAUGGAGACCCCUCAUCUGGACACAGUGUAAUCCAGAUAAAGAGAUCAGACUCCAGCUGUAUGUCUAUGAAGAGUGAUGCUUCUAUGGGUCGUCCACCAAUUUUCAGAGAUGAACACCCCUCAUCUGGACACAGCACAUAUUAUUUGUGUGUCUACAGUGACCUACAGGGAGCGAGAGACAGAACAGAAGAGAUCAUGACAGACAAAGAUCAAAUCAACAUAAAGACAUCAGACUUUCCAGCACCCAGCUGUGUGUCCAUGAAGAGUGAUGAGUCAAUGAAUCAUCCCCCAGGGCACAAAGAUGGAGACCCCUCAUCUGGACACAGUGUAAUCCAGAUAAAGAGAUCAGACUCCAGCUGUAUGUCUAUGAAGAGUGAUGCUUCUAUGGGUCGUCCACCAAUUUUCAGAGAUGAACACCCCUCAUCUGGACACAGUGACCUACAGGGAGCGAGAGACAGAACAGAAGAGAUCAUGACAGACAAAGAACAUGGCCAUGCUUCUGAUGCAGUGAAAGUCCAAGAAAACUUCAAAAUAAAUUUGAAACAGAAGUUUCAGUGUCUGAAUGAGGUGAUAAACCAGGAAACCCCAACACUUCUCAGUGAGAUCUACACAGAGCUCUACAUCACAGAGGGAGACAGUGGAGAGGUCAAUAAUGAACAUGAGGUCAGACAGAUCGAGGCAGCACUCAGGAGAACAGCAACAGAGGACACACCAAUCAACUGCAGUGACAUCUUUAAAUCCUUAUCUGAACAAGACAAACCCAUCAGAACUGUGCUGACAAAGGGAGUCGCUGGCAUUGGAAAAACAGUCUCUGUGCAGAAGUUCAUUCUGGACUGGACUGAAGGGAAAGCAAAUCAGGAUGUCCACUUCAUAUUUCCACUUCCUUUCAGAGAACUGAAUUUGAUGAAGGACCAAAAACUCAGUUUGGUGGAUCUUCUUCAUACACGGUUUAAGGAGAUUAAAGAAAUGGAAAUAUCCACAUCUCCCAAAGUUCUGUUCAUAUUUGAUGGUUUGGAUGAGUGUCAUUUAACUCUAGAUUUUCAGAGCACUGUGAGAUUGGAUGAUGUCACUCAGUCAUCCUCAGUGAAUGUGCUGCUAACCAAUCUGAUCAAGGGGAAUCUGCUUCCCUCUGCUCUCAUCUGGAUCACCUCCCGACCUGCAGCAGCUGAUCAGAUCCCCUCUGAGUGUGUGGAUCGACUGACAGAAGUACGAGGGUUCAGUGACCCACAGAAGGAGGAAUACUUCAGGAAGAGAAUCAGUGAUCAGAGCCUGACCAAUAGAAUCAUCAAACACCUGAAGAUGUCAAGAAGCCUCUACAUUAUGUGCCACAUUCCUGUGUUUUGCUGGAUUUCAGCCACUGUUCUAGAGAGAAUGUUGGGUGAAGCAGAGAGUAGAGAGACCCCCAAAACUCUGACUCAAAUGUACACACACUUCCUCAUCAUUCAGACAAAGGUCAUAAGAGAAAAGUACACAAAGAACCAGAAGACAGAUGAAGAAAUACUUCUCAAACUGGGACGACUGGCUUUUCAGCAGCUGAUGAAAGGAAAACUGAUCUUCUAUGAGGAAGAUCUGAGAGAGUGUGGCAUCGAUGUUGAAGAAGCAUCAGUGUACUCAGGUGUGUGUACACAGAUCUUCAGAGAGGAAUCUGGGCUGCACCAGAGUAAAGUGUACUGCUUUGUUCAUCUGAGCAUUCAGGAACAUCUUGCAGCUCUAUAUGUGCAUCUGACCUUCAUGAGGCAGAAGAGAAAUGUGCUUAAACAGAGUCAGUACAGUAAACUGGGGACCUUCAGGAGAAAAGAAAUUACAAUCUCAGAUGUACACAAGAGUGCUGUGGAUCAGGCCUUACAGAGUAAGAAUGGACAUCUGGAUCUUUUCCUUCGCUUUCUUCUGGGUCUCUCAUUGGAGUCCAAUCAGAAUCUCAUACAAGACUUAGUGACACAGACAGGAAGUAGCUCCCACAGCAAAGAGCAAACAGUUAAAUACAUAAAGAAGAUGAUCAGAGAGAAUCGCUCUGCAGAGAAAUCCAUCAAUCUGUUCCACUGUCUAAGUGAACUGGAUGACCAUUGUCUAGUUGAAGAAGUUCAGCAGUACCUGCAGUCUGACAGACUAAACCAAAGAACACUCUCUUCUUCACAGUGGUCAGCUGUGGUCUUUGUACUGCUGACAUCAGGAGAAAAUCUGGAUGAAUUUGUCUUACGGAAAUAUAGCAUAUCAGAUGGUGUUCUUCUGAAGCUGCUGCCUGUAGUUGCAGAAUCCAAAACAACUGAUCUUUCAUUUUGCAAUCUGACAAAGAAAAGCUGUGCAGCUCUGGCCUCAGUGCUCAGCUCAGAAUCCUCCAGUCUGAGAGAGCUGAAUCUGACUCAGAAUAAAGUGGGAGAUUCAGGAGUGAAGCUGCUCUCUGCUGGACUGGAGAAUCCUCUAUGUAAACUGGAGACACUGAG